GUCCACCAGGCGGCGCUGUGAGACACGGUGAGUGGGCGCGCAGGAGCUCAGAAGGAGAGCCGCCUCAGUUUGAUUGGAGGAAGUAACACAUCAACAAAGAAAGAUGGCGGAGGUGAUAGAGUUGCAGAAACUGAAGCUUGCUGAGCUGAGGCAGGAGUGUGAGGCCCGAGGUUUGGAAACCAAGGGAAACAAAGGAGAGCUCAUCGCUCGCCUCCAAACGUAUCUGGAUGAACACGAGGAUGAUGUGGACGUGGACGACGUGCUGGCAGAGGAUACUGAGGACUUCAGCAAAGUUGAGGAUGCCAAUAAUAUAAAAGACGAGAAGAUUUCCGAGUCUACUGAGGAAGAACCACCUGCUGAUAAGAAGGUGGUGAAAAUAGCUCCUCCAUCAUCUACCGGUGAAAGACUACAGAAGAGGGCAGAACGGUUCAACAUGCCUGCAACCGCUGAAAGCAAAAAGGCCAUACGUGCAGCAAGGUUCGGUGAAUCCACUGAGAACGCCAAUCCUGCUCCAGCUGCCGUCGCAAACAGUAAAGCUCCUGUGAACGUCGAUCAGCUGAAGAAGAGAGCAGAACGAUUUGGCAUGAAUGUUUCAUCCGUUUCACAAAAGAUUGAAGAGGAUGAAAAGCUGAAAAAGAGAAAGGAGCGAUUCGGCGUCUCAGCGGUUGCCGCUGCAGGUUCCGCCGAAGUUGAGGCAAAGAAAAUGAAGCGUGCCGAAAGAUUUGGGAAAGUGUGAAAAAUGUUUUAGAACACUUUUUGUUUGCUUUUUUUUUUUUUUGUAAAGCAUUUUCAUUACAGAAAAUCUCUGAAGAUGACAUAUGUCACUCAUAGGAUUUCUGUAAAUCAAAAGUAUAAUAAAAUGCAGAUUUGUGAGUUGUAUCAUUAAACGGUUUCCAAAACAAAAUAAAAGCUCAAUUAUUCACUAAG